GAAACGAGCAACGAAGCAACACAGGACAAAGACACCAACGAUCUCUAUCUAUCUAUCUAUCUGUUGUUGGGAGAUCAAUGCAAAAAUGAAUCUCCAAACUCAAUCCUUGUCAACCCGCUUUCUCCUGCCACUCUUUCCUCCAAAACCCAAAUCCCUUCCUCCAAAACAAAGCCCAUUUCCCAGAAUCUCCUUGACGCUAUGCUCGCUUUCCACUGUUUCAGACCAAACAACAACCCAUGCCAACCACAAGCCAUUUCCAGCCGAGGUUUCCAGGACCAUCAUGGAAUUGUCUUCUAUGGGGACCCUCUCCACGCUAGCCCAAGAUGGCUGGCCCUUUGGCGUUGGUGUACGCUUUGCUGUGGAUGCUGAGGGGACCCCUGUUUUGUGCUUGGAUCAGGCUUCUAGGCAGCUCUCUGUUGAUAAGCGGUCAACCCUCCAUGUUCAGUUAGAGCAGUGUGGAUUGCGGACUCCUCAGUGCACGGUACAGGGCAGUCUUGACAAACCAGCAGAUGCAACGGUUUUGAGGCGGCUUCAUACAGUGUGGAAGAAGAGGUUUGGAGAAGUUGCAGAUGAAGGCAGUCUAUAUAUUGUUGAUGUGGAAAGAGUACUUCAGAUGGAAGACUUCAAUGAGGAUGGUAUAUGGGUCACUUCAUCAGCUUAUAGAAAUGCAAAUCCUGAUCCACUUCGAGACUUUGCUGAAGGGAUUGUCGAAGAAAUUAAUACCAAUAACAUGGAAGAUGUCCUUCGCUUUUGCAAUAUAUAUGUGGAUUUGGACUUCCAGGUAUUGGAAGCAAAGAUGAUAUGGGUCGAUCGUCUUGGAUUGGACAUGCGUAUUUACUCUCCUCAGAAAGGUGUAUUUGAUGUACGAAUUCCUUUCCCGGGGGAAGUGACUGAUGAGAAGGGUGCUAAGUCCUCAUUUAAUGGUAUGUCUCAACUUGCUUGGGAGGUGGAGAAAAAUUUCCAUGUCCCUGACAUUGAGAAGGUGAAACAAUUGAAGCAAAUUACCUACAGUGGGGUGCAAUAAACUGGUUUACCUUAUUUAUUUAUUUCUUUCAUUGCAAGUCAUGUGUAUUUGGGUUUAACCUAUGGCCCUCCAUUUUCCUCAUCAAAACUUUAAUUUAUCCCAAGUUUUGUUUUUUUUUUUCUUUGAAAAGAAUUUUAUCCCAUGAUCAUUAAAGUUUUUGAAGCUUA